AUGACCGCGAGGUCGGCGAGGUGCAUGCUGCUGCUGCUUGCCCUGGUGGCGGCGUUCCAUGGCCACGGUCACGGGGGAGGAGCAUGCGUCCGUGCCACGAAGGCGCCAGGCCGCCCGCGCUGGCUGGGUGGGCUGAGCCGGGCGUCGUUCCCCAAGGGAUUCGUGUUCGGGACGGCGACGUCGGCGUACCAGGUGGAGGGCAUGGCCACAGGAGGCGGCCGCGGCCCUUCCAUCUGGGACGCCUUCGCGCAUACGCCAGGAAAAGUUGUGGGAAAUCAAAACGCCGACGUUACAACAGAUCAAUAUCAUCGCUACAAGGAAGAUGUUAAUCUCAUGAAAGGAUUGAAUUUCGACGCCUACCGAUUUUCCAUCUCAUGGUCCAGAAUCUUUCCGGAUAGCGAGGGAAAAGUGAACGAAGAAGGUGUGGUGUACUACAACAAUCUGAUAGAUUACCUGCUUCACAAAGGCAUUACUCCUUAUGUCAAUCUUUACCACUAUGAUCUCCCUCUUGCACUUGAGAAGAAGUAUGGAGGCUGGUUAAAUGCAAAGACAGUGGAACUAUUUGCAGAUUACGCAGACUUUUGUUUUAAGACCUUUGGCGACCGUGUAACGCACUGGUUUACAUUCAACGAACCAAGUAGAGUAGCGAUUGGUGGUUAUGAUAUAGCGACGACUCCUCCCCAAAGGUGCACCAAAUGCUCCGCUGGUGGGAACUCAGCAACAGAGCCUUACAUUGUUGGUCAUAAUUUUCUCUUAGCACAUGGUUAUGCAGUUGCAAGAUACCGGAACAACUAUCAGGCAGCUCAGCAAGGGAAGGUUGGAAUAGUUCUGGACGUCAGUUGGUACGAGGCUCUUAGCAACUCAACUGAAGACCAAGCUGCAGCUCAAAGAGCCAUGGACUUCCUUGUUGGUUGGUUUCUUGAUCCACUAAUAAACGGACAGUACCCACAGAUAAUGCAAGACCUUGUGAAAGAGAGGUUGCCCAGGUUCACUCCUGAUGAAGCUAAAGUGGUCAAGGGCUCAGCGGACUGGAUCGGGGUCAAUCAAUACACAACUGAAUUCGUAACGGGGCAGAAAUUGGUGCAGCAGAGGCCGACUAGCUACUCAGCCGAUCUGCCGGUUACCUAUUCAUUUGAAACGAAAUGGCAAACCGAUUGGACCAAGGGUAUGAAGCUCCUAGCUGAAACCUUUCUCAGCUUUAUUUUCUCCGACCAUAAGUCUUGUGGGUGCGUGAAUUGCACGUUACAGGCGAAUUCUAAAUGGCUUUAUGUCGUCCCGAGGGGGAUGUACGGAUGCGUGCACUACAUCAGCCAGAAGUAUGGAAAUCCAGCGAUGCUCAUAACUGAAAACGGAAUGGAUCAACCAGGGAACCUCACCCGCGAUCAGUACUUGCGGGAUGCCACAAGGGUUCGGUACUACCGGAGUUACCUCCGCGAGGUGAAGAAGGCCAUCGAUGGCGGCGCCAACGUUCUUGGCUACUUUGCGUGGUCCCUCCUGGACAACUUCCAGUGGAUGUAUGGCUACACAUCCAAGUUCGGCAUCGUGUACGUCGACUUCAACAGCCCCACCCUAGAACGGCACCCCAAGGCGUCGGCCUACUGGUUCAGAGAUCUGCUGCAACACUGA